AUGGACGUAUCAAGCAAAGAUGACAGCGACUACCGAAUCCUCCUACAAAACAAAAUCCGCUACCUAACAAUCCGUCCCGGGACAUUCGACCGCUCAACCCUAUCCACACCUCUCAGCUCACUACCCAACCUCCCAGGCGAUCAUACCUGGAACUGCGCACUCAUCAACCGAGACCCAUCCAACCAUCAAAUCACCAUCGAACUACAGAACCGAAAUCUUACCGGCAUAACAGACAUAUGGCAUUCGUUGCAGAUUGACUGUCUUCAGCUAAGAAGGAUAAGACAGCUUACAGCUACUACAUUCGAAGCGACUCACUGCCGUACUACUAGUGAGUCGCUAAGCACUACUAUAUUGGAAGAGAACACAACAAUCAUUGCCAAAAUUGCCCGAUUCGAGUGGGAAAUACCCCUUCUGUCGCGGGAAACUUCCAUAUAUAAACAGUUACAGGGCAUCUCUGAUCUUGCUCCGCGCUUUCUGGGCCAUGUGCAUGAGCAUGGACGUGUCAUUAGGAUCAUACUGGAAAGGGUUGAGGGGCGGGAAGCGGGGAUUGAGGAUCUUGUCGGGUGUCAAGCUGUGUUGAAGCGUCUGCAUGACCUUGGAUUCGUGCAUGGUGAUGUUAAUAGAUAUAAUUUUGUUGUUCGAGGUGAUGGUACGGUUAGCUUGAUUGACUUUGAGAGUAGUUGGCAAGAUAAGGCUGCGACUGCGCUUAUGCGUGCUGAGAUGGAGAGUCUAGGUGAGCAGUUGGUGGAGAGGACUGGACGGGGUGCUGGUUUUGCUCCGGGGGGAAACAGGAUUGAGUAGCAG